UUCGGAGAACCUGUGUUUUGGGUGGCCUGUGAGGACCUGAGGCAUGGAGAGAGCUCCAAGAUCAUCCUGAAAGUAGAGGAGGUUAACAAGAACUUUCUGGCCCCUGGGGCAGCUCGCUGGGUGAACAUCGAUAGUAAGACCAUGGAGAGAACACUGGAGGGAAUCAAACGACCUCAUCGCUUCAUUAUGGACGACGCCCAGAUGCACAUCUACUUCCUCAUGAAGAAGGACUCCUACCCCAGGUAUCUGAAGUCUGAGCUGUAUAAGAACAUGCUGGCCAAAGCCAUCGUUCCCCAGGAGACCAAGAAGAGUGUAUUUCCCUUCAUGAGGCGACAGCGUCACUCUAGCCCCUCUCCUGCCAUGGUUACCCAAGCGACAGAAGAUGAUGGAAAGGCUAAAGGGGCGGGACCAACAGGAACAAGCUCCACAACCAACUCUCAGAUCUGAUCGCCAUGGGAAUACCACAACCACCAUGUUCAUGACACCCAGAUCUGGUCACCAUUGUAUCACUAUAGCAACCAUUCAAGACCCUGCAUCUACUUCUAGAAGUUAUAAUACUGUCUAGUAGUUAUAUUUAUUAAUAUAGAACUAUAGGUAUAGUUUCCAAAGACAAUCUGAAAGAUUUCCACUGUUCAAUUAAUGUAGAUUUAAGGCCAGUUUAUACUUGGUCUAAUAACAUGUCUAUGGACAAUAAUAAUGUGACAAGUGUCGCUGGUCAAAACAACUUUUAAUUUAUACUCCUGUGGAAUGUCUGUAGACUGUCGUUGCGACUGUUAGUUUCCUUGUUGCAGAGACAUGAAAAAAGUUCCCGUCUCUGCGACUGUCGCAACGUCCGUUGUCGUGGUUACCGGACUGUGACACGAUGAUGCUGUAGUUCUAUAAUUCUCAAAUAGAAUGACCUAGUUUUAUUCCGUCACUCUGUGGCAGUCAGCUAUUUUCUGUCGGCUCACAAUUAUCUUUUAAAUAACGAUGUUGUGGGUUUGUGUUUCUGUAAUAAUGAAUAAAAAGUAGUAAGACGUU